AUUCUGGACAAAGGCCUGAAUGGUUGCGGUCGAGGCAUCAAUUUGGUGGUCAUCGACAAUAUGACCCGAUCUAUACUCAGGGUCUCUAACUUCGAUACCUAUGAAAAAGAUUCACAACCGUUAGAGACAUUACUAUUGACAUUAAGAGUGGGAGAUAUUGUAAUUAUGAUAUCGUUCGAUGAACCGACCUCUAAACUAUCAAAAGUGGCAAAACUUUUAUUGCAUCAAAUUGGGAGCAAUUGGGCCCAGAAUCUCAUAUACAGAAGCAGUUGGUAUAUAAUCACUCAGAAAGGCAUCAAUGGAUACACUCCUUAUGAAAAUUUAAAUCUUCCAAACACUGGCGGGUGGGCUAACUCGCAUGAGAUCAGGAUUUGUGUGCCACUAAGGAUCAAAGGGUUAGCCGUCCAGCCCGACCCUACUUUAGACCGUAAUCCCAGGAGAUUAGAGUUUUGUGUCAAAUAUUCCGCACAAUUCCCUCUAUUUUGUGAAGGAAAUAUAGUGAACGACCCGUUACUACCGGCGCGUAUCCUGAAGUUCCUACCAAUCAGUACUGAAAUUAUGAGGACACCAAUCAUUGUGUUAACCGCUCAAAGUUAUGCCCAAAAUAUAUAUUUGUCGCUAACAUUGGAAACCCUUAUACGACAGCCCGGCAUAACUCCCAGAAAUGUCAUUGUUUUCUAUAACUCCAUGUGUUGUCCGGCGAUCGCAUAUUUAGCCGAAGCCUUUGACUUCAUGUCCAAUGAUAUGUCGGACUUCGGAGAGGAUUUGGAUGAAGUGCGGCGGACAACGGAACUGCUCUUUCCAGACGCCAAAGCUUUUAUUUUAAUCGAUAUCAACACUAUAUUAGCGCCUGAUUUCCUGCCAUUUAUGGGACAGUUAUUGCCAUUCCUAUUGACUAACGGAUCGGACAUACAGUCGGUCUCCGCCUGGAAUGACAAUGGAUUCGAGAGUGUGUCCAACGAUUCUGGUGUUGUAUAUCGGGCCCAUUUGGGACACUAUAGGCCCAGAUUUGCGGCCCUUUUUCGCAGGGGAUUCUCAUUCAACAUAAGUUCCAGUUUUUUGUGGUCUUUCACGGACUAUCCCAACAGUAAUAGUGAUAAUAAUAACAAUAACAACAUUAUAAUACCCGAUGUCUCUCGCGUUUUGUACAUAAGCCACGAAUCAAGUGCCGCACCGAACGAAGUGCAAGAGUUUUCGCUGGACUUCAUGGCACGCAAGCGAUCGAUAAAUGUCGAAGAGGAAGUAUUGCUCAAAGUGUUUGAAUUGGGCGAUGGGCUGCCGUUUUACGUGCUAAGCAUGGGUCAGAUGGUGAACAGGAGUACGAUUGCGUCGGACGUCAAACAUUUGACGUCUAUGUUGUCCACCAGAAGUGAUAACUCAAAACGCUUUUACGCGAUUAGCUGUGAUAGUGGACUGCAAUGUAGGCAACUGUGCGCUGAUUUAGGUCUUGCCAAUUGUCUGCCGCAUCUCAUUAUACCAAACAUCGGAGGAGUUAUUAAGUAAAUAUGAGAUUAGAUUUCGUGCCAUUGGCUCAUCACAAGUCCUUUUAAAUACAAAACACAAAUAAAAUACUGUUUUU